UGCAGCUGAAACCGUUCCCGCCGGUCCCUGAGAAAGUUUGGCAGCCACUCCUCGAUCCGGCAGAUGGGCGGCUCUGGGCAGUGCAACCGCCAUGGAGCUGGGGGCCCUGGAAGCGGCUACCUGGAGCUCCUCAACAGCAACGCCGACCCCCUGCAGCUGUACCACCUCUGUGUACUGGACCUGGCGGGAGAGGAGACCGACGUCUGCUCAGAGCCCGACAAGGACACCAUCAACUGUGAACAGCUCCACAGGCUCUUCUGUGACAUAGAGGAUGACGAAGAGACCAGGAAGCUCUAUAACAGUAUCGCGGACCUGGAUUCCUACGUCUUCCAGGACUCCCAGCCGGACAGCUGGAGCAGAGACGCUUUCAGCAAACACAUGGGCAUGGAAGACAGCCUGGGAGAGAGCGGGAAGGCCCCGGAGGAGGCCGGGCAGAGGGGCCCAAAGAGACCCUGCCCCGAGGAAGCGCUGCCCGAAGACCCCAAGCACCGGAAGCUGGCUGAGCCACCCGCGGUGCCAGUCCCCGAGCUCCUGCCCCAGCCCCCCCUGGUCCCGCCCGGCCUGCUGAGCGAGGAGCCCACAUCUCGCCAGAGCCCGCAGGAGGCCGUCCUGGUGCCAGUGCUCCCACUCCCCACUGACCCCCAGACGUGCCUGCACCUCCCAGCCGGACCCCUUCAGCUCAUCCCCGCGAUGCCCCAGACGCUCUGGCAGAUCUCCGCGCCCGGAGCAGGCACCCCCGGCAUCCUCAUCUACCAGAGUCAGGUGCCCCCGGCGGGCGGCAGAGCCCCUCCCUGCAGCCCCGGAGUCCAGAGCCUCCCCCAGUCUCCGGGCCGGCCGGGCUCCACCAGCCCCUUCGCUCCAUCUGCCUCUGACCUCCCGGGCCUGCCCGAGCCCACCCUGACGUCGCGGGCCCCCACGGCAGAGGACUCGGCCACCCCCAGCCCCGGCCCGGCAGAGGCCAGCAAGCCCCCAGCAUGGCCCGAGAGUGUGGAGCGGUUCCAGCGCUCACUGCGGGACAAGUACCAGGCCGAGCCCCUGGGCCCGGAGGACUUCCUGGUGGAGGUGGACCUGGUGAGGGCACAGCUGGAGAGGAGCAGCAUCAAGAGCCAGGAGCGGGAGCUGGCCGUCCUGGACUGGACAGAGCGGCGGCCGGCCCGCGGGGGGCUGGCGGCUAUCCUGCUGGCCCCCGGGGCCCGCCGGCGGCCCCAGGACACGCAGGUCAUCGCCGUGCUGGGCAGGGCCGGCCAGGGGAAGAGCCUGUGGGUGCGGAGCGUGGCCCGCGCCUGGGCCGGCGGCCAGCUGCCCCAGUACGACUUCGUCUUCCUCCUCCGUGGCCACUGCGUGGAUCGUCUGGGGGACCCCUGCCGCCUGCAGGACCUGCUGUCCCUCGCGGCCGCGGGGCCGCUGGACGCCGAGGUCCUGGCCCACGUCCUGAGGCAGCCGCACCGCGUCCUGCUCAUCUUGGACGCGUUCGAAGAGCUGGAAGCCCAGGACGACCCCCCCACGGGGCGGGCGGACACGCGUGGGACGGAGCCCUGCUCCCCGCGGGCCCUGCUGGCCGGCCUCUUCCAGCGCAAGCUGCUGCGCGGCUGCACCGUGCUCCUGGCCGCCCGGCCCCGCGGCCGCCUGGCCCUCAGCCUCGGCAAGGCCGACGCCCUGUUCGAGGUGGCCGGCUUCUCGGCCCGGCAGGCCGAGGCCUAUGUGCGGCGCCACUGGGAGCGCCUGGACAGGCCCGAGCUCCAGGACGAGGCCCUGCGGCUCCUUCACGCUCACCCCUUCCUGCUCGGCCACUGCCGCACCCCUGCGGCGUGCCGGGCCGUGUGCCGGCUUGCGGAGACCUGCGUGGGGCGGGCGGGGGAGGCCGGCCCACUGCCGUCCACGCUCACUGGACUCUUCGUGGGGCUGCUGGGCCCGGCGGCCCGCGGCAGCCCGCCAAGGGCCCUGGAGGACCUGGCCAGGCUGGCCUGGGAGCUGGGCCGCCAGCAUCACAGCACCCUGCAGGCCGGCCAGGUCCCGUCCGCCGAGCUGAGGGCCUGGGCGGGGGCCGCGGGGCUGCUGCGGCCCGUGCCGGACUCCGGGGAGGCCGAGCUGGCCUUCCCCAGCUUCCUCCUGCAGUGCUUCCUGGCGGCCGUGUGGCUGGCCCGGAGCCCCCAGGUCAAGGACAAGGAGCUGCCGCAGUACCUGGCCCUGACCCCGAGGAAGAAACGGCCCUACGACAACUGGCUGGAGGCCGUGCCCCGAUUCCUGGCCGGGCUGGUCUUCCGGCCGCCCGCCCUGGCGGCCCUGGUGGGGCCCGUGGCGGCCGCCGUGAGCAGCCGGAAGCAGAAGAUGCUGAGCCGGUACCUGAGGCGGCUGCAGCCGGGCCUGCUGCCUGCCGGGCGGCUCCUGGAGCUGCUGCACUGUGCCCACGAGGCCGAGGACCCCGGCAUCUGGCAGCACGCGCUGCACGGGCUCCCCGCCCGCCUCUGCUUCCCGGGCACCCGCCUCGCGCCCCCCGACGUGCACGUGCUGGCCCGCGCCCUGGAGGCCGCCGGCCGCGACUUCGCCCUGGACGUCCGCAGCACGGGCAUCGACCCCCCCGGCCUGGCCACCCUCGUGGGACUCAGCUGCGUCUCCUCCGUCAGGGCUGCCUUGAGCGACGCGGUGGGGCUGUGGCGGUCGCUGUGGCCGAAGGGGCAGUCGGGGCUGCUGCAGGCGGCUAAGGACAAGCUCACCAUCCAGCCCUUCAAGGCCGAGUCCCAGAAGGACGUGGAGGACCUGAGGGACCUGGUGCAGCUGCAGAGGGCCAGGGGGACCCCCGGGGACGCCGUGUUCGGGGAGCUCCCGGCCGUCCGGGACCUGAGGAAGCUGGAGUUUGCGCUGGGCCCCGUGCUGGGCCCCCGGGCCUUCCCCACGCUGGCCGGGAUCCUGGAGGCCUUCUCCUCCCUGCAGCACCUGGACCUGGACUCGCUGAGUGAGAACAAGAUCGGGGACAAUGGUGUCACUCUGCUCUCGGCCACCUUCCCCCAGCUGAAGGCCCUGGAGACGCUCAACCUGUCCCAGAACAGCAUCACUGACGUGGGCGCCUGCAAGCUGGCCGAGGCGCUGCCCGCCCUGGCCACCUCCCUUCUCAGACUGAGCUUGUACAACAACUGCAUCAGCGACAAGGGCGCCCAGAGCCUGGCCCACGUGCUGCCCGAGAUGGGGACCCUGCAGGAGCUGGACGUCCAGUACAACAAGUUCACGGCGUCGGGCGCGCAGCGGCUGGCCGCCAGCCUGAGGAAGAGCCCGCAGGUGAAGAGGCUGGCGCUGUGGACCCCCACCAUCCCCUUCGGCGUCCAGGAGCACUUGCAGCUGCUCGACUCCCGGAUCAGCCUGAGGUGACCCCGGUAGGACAGGGACGAGGUGAGUGGCGCCGGAGAGGGGAGGCCGUGGGGGCCUGGGGCCUCACACCCAGAGACAGUGGCGGGGGCAGCAGGUAGAAACUGGGGGACCCUCCCCGCCCCCGUGCUGUGUGGGCCUGAUGGUCCCCACUUAGGGGGGCCUGGAGUGGGGACUCGGGGGUUGCACACACCCCGGCCCUCCACUCUGGGCAGCUCUCCCCUGGAGGGCUGGAGGCCGUUCCCGUGGCCACUUCCGCCCGGGGCCCCCUGCUGGUGGGCAGGGCAGGAGCUGGGCCCCCCAGCCUCCCUCCAGGGGCCCAGACACUGUCCCCCAAACUCUGUGCCGCUGCCUCCCUCCUCCCAGCCCUUCCCUACUUAGCCUCAGCCCCACCGU